AUGUCGAGACGUGACGUGGUCCUUACCAAUGUUACUGUUGUCCAGCUACGGCGGGACCGAUGCCCGUGCCCAUGCCCAUGUCCAUGCCCAUGCCCUGGGAGCAAGGGUGCUUGCAGCCCUAAAUGGCGAGGCUGCUCCCUUUACAGGCAAGGGAGGCAUGUGUUCACUGAGUCUCACAGCCACCAGCCAGCUAGAGAGCUGACAGUGGGUAUCAAUGGAUUUGGACGCAUUGGUCGUCUGGUGCUGCGAGUCUGCAUGGAGAAGGGCAUUAGGGUGGUAGCAGUGAAUGACCCAUUCAUUGAUCCAGAAUACAUGGUAUACAUGUUCAAAUAUGACUCCACACAUGGUAGAUACAAAGGAAACGUGGAACAUAAGAAUGGACAACUAGUUGUGGACAACCUUGAGAUCAACACGUACCAGUGCAAAGACCCUAAAGAAAUCCCCUGGAGCUCUAUAGGGAAUCCCUACGUGGUGGAGUGUACAGGCGUCUAUUUGUCCAUAGAGGCAGCUUCGGCACAUAUUUCAUCUGGUGCCAGGCGUGUGGUGGUCACUGCACCUUCCCCCGAUGCGCCCAUGUUUGUCAUGGGAGUGAACGAGAAGGACUAUAACCCUGGCUCUAUGACCAUUGUCAGCAAUGCAUCCUGUACCACCAACUGCCUGGCUCCUCUCGCCAAGGUUAUUCAUGAACACUUCGGGAUCGUGGAAGGGCUAAUGACCACAGUCCAUUCCUACACAGCCACGCAGAAGACAGUGGAUGGGCCAUCAAAGAAGGACUGGCGAGGUGGCCGCGGCGCUCACCAAAACAUCAUCCCAUCGUCCACUGGGGCUGCCAAGGCUGUAGGCAAAGUCAUCCCAGAGCUCAAAGGGAAGCUAACAGGAAUGGCAUUCCGGGUGCCAACCCCAAACGUGUCAGUUGUGGACCUGACCUGCCGCCUGGCCAAGCCUGCUUCUUACUCGGCUAUCACGGAGGCUGUGAAAGCUGCAGCCAAGGGACCUUUGGCUGGCAUCCUUGCUUACACAGAGGACCAGGUGGUCUCCACGGACUUUAACGGCAAUCCCCAUUCUUCCAUCUUUGAUGCUAAGGCUGGAAUUGCCCUCAAUGACAACUUCGUGAAGCUUGUUGCCUGGUACGACAACGAAUAUGGCUACAGUAACCGAGUGGUCGACCUCCUCCGCUACAUGUUUAGCCGAGAGAAGUAACACAAAAGGCCCCCUCCUUGCUCCCCUGCGCACCUCGCGUUCCUGACUUCGGCUUCCCCUCAAAGGAGGGCGCGCGGCUCUCGCGCCGCCGCUGGGUCAACAAUGAAAUAAAAACGAGAAUGCGC